ACAAGAAUUUUUCAAGUGGCGAAAAUAAAGACAAAAACAAAUAUCAGCUAACCGGAAUCUCUGAAACUCUCACGGAGAAGGGAAAGGAAUUGGAAUUGUCUUCUGAAAAUGAUACUUGCGGUGUUGUUCGCAAAUUCUGAAGGCAAUAUUCUAAUUGAACGAUUUAAUGGAGUACCGGCUGAGGAAAGGCUACAUUGGCGAACUUUCUUAGUUAAAUUGGGAGCAGAUAAUCUUAAAGGUGUCAAAAAUGAGGAGCUCCUUGUUGCUAGCCACAAGUCAGUCUAUAUUGUUUAUACAGUGCUUGGUGAUGUCAGCAUCUUUGUUGUGGGCAAGGAUGAGUAUGAUGAACUUGCUUUGGCAGAAGUGAUUUUUUCUAUAACCUCCGCUGUGAAGGAUGUAUGUGGAAAGAUUCCAACUGAGCGCCUUUUCCUGGACAAGUAUGGAAGGAUAUGCUUGUGCUUGGAUGAAAUAGUUUGGCAGGGAUUGCUGGAGAAUACAGAGAAGGACAGAAUCAGGCGACUCAUAAGGCUAAAACCUCCCACUGAAUUCUAAAUUGAAAGCUCUAUCCCAUCAUCAAUCUUUUUGAAGACGGGGACAAUAAUGCUCCAAUGGCAAUAUUUUUCUGAGAGCUAGGCUUUUUAAAUCUUCUGUUGUUGAGCUUGGAGUGACUGUUACAUAAUUUCUUCAAACCUCAGUUCUACUCUAUUGUUGUAUUUUCUGGAAGGAGGAUUUGAAAUUGUUGGACUUGUAUUUUUUAAUUAACGAGGAUAUCUCUUUUAAAUUUUUUAAAAUAUAUUGCAUCUCCAUGAAA